CUUCGACGGCUGCCUUCUCUUCUCUGUUCGUUGAUGGCGGUCACUCUUGCGACACGUCAUGAUUGAUCUUUACUCAUGGUCUCAUCUCGUUUCUAACUGCUAUUCGGCGUUUCUUCCACCUCUUCGAUCGAAAACGUGCGGCUGAGCAGGCACACCAGACAAUCACGACCUUCUUAUCACCACCCACCCCCUCUUUAUCCUCUCUAAACGUCUUUGAAGAUGGCGCCGUAUUCUUCGCCAAAGUACUCCUCUCCGGGAAGGUCGUCCCGAAACCAAUCCAAAGCGUCCAUCAAAUCCUCUCGCAGCUCAGACCCUACAUCCAGCGAAGGCCCUCCACUCAAGAAGCGAAAGUACGUCCCCGGUGGUCCGGGCGGAGGAGGUAGAUACAUCGAGCUGGACGUGAAGGAGACGCCCAAGAAAGCAAAGUCGGCAAGCCCGGUGAAAUCAGCAAAGACGGCGAAGUCGGCGAAGGCGGCAAAGCCAGCAAAGCCAACAUCUCCAGCAAAACCUACACCCAUCCGCCGUCAAUCAUUGGGAGCUCGAGCUCACCAGGCGCCGGAGUCUGAACCCCGUCCUGUUCAACUGCCCCCGCGACCACCGCCCCCUGCGCCGACGACACCCCCGUCUGCGCGUCUGAGGAGAGACAAGAGCCAGAAUCGCGGUCGUUUCGGCUCCUCGACCUCCGCCGCUCUCGCGUUGCAGCAAGGGGAUGGGUACAAACCUCGAGAGGAGAGAGGAUGGGAGGAAUUCCAUCCGGAUCUCGAUAUAGAGGCCAGGUUUGUCGUUUUCAACUCAGAGGAGGUAGAUGGCCCGGCUCCAGCAGGACCAAUUGCCAAUAUCUUGUCUCCGAACGGGUUGGAUCCGAAAGGCGAGAAGGAUCCACUAGCGGAGCUUAUCCGUGCUCACGCCAAUGGUACAUCGCCGACCCCAAUAAAGCGUCGCCCCGGACGUCCUCCCCGUCGCCCUGAAGCUAUCCUCAACGCUUUGGGCAUUUCGCCCCAGCCAAAGGCUGUCCCGCCUCCAGGCCCCAACCCUCGUGAGAAAUUGACUCUUCCCAAACCCUCCUUCCGCAUGCGAGAUCCCUUUGACUUCUACGACCAGCCCGGCGUGGGCCAGAAUUAUGUCGAUCGUACGAUGGCUAGUGUGGGCUACCAGGAAAGCGAUCUUUUCCUGCGCCAUGAACGCCAGAUGAUACGCAUGACUGAGGGGGCGCAAGAGGAUGAUCUUGACGCCGUCAACCCUGUUACGAUUGAGGGUGAAGUUAACCCCACGGUUGGCAGGGUGGAAUACGACAUGGACGAACAAGACGCCAAGUGGCUGGAGGAAUACAAUAUGAAGCGGAGAAACGACCAGCUGGAGCCUAUCAAGCCGGCGGUCUUUGAAAUUACUAUGACAAAGAUUGAAAAGGAAUGGCACACGCUCGAAAAACGAAUACCGAAGCCGAACCCUAAACCCCCGCAGACCCAGCGUCCUCGCUCGAGCUCGGCCGCGGCGGUCAACGGAGAAACAGCGGGACCCGGGGAGGAUCAGGACAGCAAGUGUGCGAUCUGCGACGAUGGCGACUGCGAGAAUUCUAAUGCCAUUGUGUUCUGCGACGGCUGUGAUCUAGCCGUGCAUCAAGAAUGUUACGGUGUUCCUUUUAUCCCCGAGGGACAGUGGCUCUGUCGCAAAUGCCAGCUCAUUGGGCGGGGGUCGGUCAACUGCAUCUUCUGUCCUAAUACCGAAGGCGCCUUUAAGCAAACCACAUCGUCGAAAUGGUCCCAUCUGCUUUGCGCCAUCUGGAUUCCGGAGGUUUCUAUCGGUAAUCCGUCCUUGAUGGAGCCCAUCACCGACAUCGAGAAGGUGCCCCGGAGUCGUUGGAAGCUGCUUUGCUACAUCUGUCGGCAGAGAAUGGGCGCGUCCAUUCAGUGCAGCAAUAAGAACUGCUUCGUCGCCUUCCAUGUUACCUGUGCUCGCAGGGCCCAGCUCUAUCUUAAGAUGAAGACCGGCCAUGGAUCCCCCGGGAUCAUGGAUUCUCAUCUAUUAAAGGCGUUUUGUGACAAGCACGUCCCUCCCGAGUGGCGCCGAGAGCAUGGGACAGAUGCUGCGACGGCCGACGCUGUCGAGUACUACCGCAGCACCAUGCAAGGCCGACGAUGGGGAGAUAGCCAGGCCACUGCUCUCGCAUUGGAGCCGUCUACUUCCCUCGGAUGUGAUCAUGGCGACGAUGGCCAUAGAACCCUCACUCCGCGCCUCACUCUCACCGUCGGUGGUAACAAGCGAAAGCGGAUCCCUCCUAGGACUGUCUGGAAACUCCAGUCAGGCGCCCCCGUGAUCCCCCAGGUCGUUCUCAAUUCCAUCAUCGCCUCGCUCCAGCGGUUUGGGGUCCGUCAAAGGAAACAGUAUGCCGAAGACGCCUGCAAAUACUGGACUCUGAAACGGGAGGCCAGACGCGGGGCUGCACUCCUCAAACGGCUGCAACUGCAGCUAGAGACCUUUUCGUCUAUGGAAAUGACCCGAAGAGAUUACGUUGCUAUGGGCGUGGGCGGUGGCAAACGGCUCCAGCGGCGCAUCGAGUUUGGCGAGCGACUGUAUAGAGACCUCGAUCGGUUGAGGAUGCUCUGUGACGAGGUAAAGAAGCGUGAGAGGGAGAAGUUGAAGGAUGCGGAGAUCCUUCGAAACGUUGUGGACACGGUCUACUUCCCCAUCUUCCCUCUCCUCUGGCCCAUCUUCGACAAAGCUCAAGUACUCGAUAGCAAAGGCAUCUUCCGGCAAGGAUUGACGAGUAUACGCGCAAAGCUGGAGGAGCGCUACUACACUUCAAUUUCCACCUUUUCGUCCGAGUUAGCCAGCGUUUUUACGUCUGAGAUUGGCGUCCAACCGGCUGGCGACACGGCUGAACUCCAGAUGCAAAUCGCCGGUCGCGCCCCGGAACUCAGCCUAGAGCAACGGGAAAAGAGAAAGUUGGCCAAGCGGAUCAUCAAAUCCAUCCAGCCUGCGCUCGAGGAUGCGAUCAAGAAAGAAAGCGAGCUGCACCGCCGGCCGUUUGAGCAGGAGUUGAAGGAUCUGGAUGUCAUGUUUGAGAACAGCGUCCUCUCCCGACGGGGGUCCGAGGUUGGCGAACCGAUGGACGAAGACGAACUUCCUAAGCCCGAAACUUCCGAACAUACGGGUGACAUGGAGGGCAGGGUCGAGGAAGUUGAAAACAACACCGACCAGGCCGCCAAAGAGGAGCCCUCGGAUACAGCCCACGUUCCGGAGCCCUCUGAACAAGAACCACAGGACACCCCUAUGGUCGACGCGGAGGAGACGCAAAAUACCGAACCCCCGGCAGAGCCUCAGAACCGACCACCUGCCGAUUUGGGGACGGAGACGCCCCCUGUCACGCAGGAAACAGAGGAGCUGGCACCCGAGGUCGUGUCGACAGCCGUGCAACCAUCACUCCCCGAGCCGGCCACCAAUGGCGAGCCGGAGAAAUCCACAGACCCCAGCCUAUUGCCCAGCAAUCCCCCUGUUGACGCUCCGAACGGGCCAUUGACGCCUCCACCCAGCUUCAAAGGCGAUCAGCAACACCCGCUGGCCCAAGGAGGGAUCCAGUGGUAUAUGCAACCGUUUGAUCCCAUCGGCACGACCAUUCACGAGGAACGCUGGACCGGUCGCGAUGUCAUGCGCGGGAUGAGCGAGGAGCUCAGCGAGCUGGACGAGGACGAACUCAAAGACCUAGUGGACGACGAACUCGAAGGACAGGGAAAUUCUCGUGAGGGAGCGACCGAUGGUAUGGAUGGAUUGGAGUCUCAGCCGGCUGCGCAGAACACUCGGACGCGUAGUCGGAGGCGAUUGCGUGGACUGUGAGAAAUGCUUUGAUUUGUUAUUGAUCAUCCUUGCAAGUUUCUAGUCUGUCGUUUUUCUUUCUUUCUUUUUUCAUGGGUUUAUUUACGUUGCAAUUGGUUUGUUUUGUGGCCGUCUUAUUCUUGUUGUGAUUGUUAGUGUGUUGGAGCCUGAAGGAACUGGCGUUUGUUUGCUUUGCGAAGCAUCGUUUGACUGGCGACUCUAGUAUUGUUCGUAGUGGUUUGAAGGUAAUGGCACUUGAGAG